CCGGGAAGGAGGUUGAGGUGGCUAUCGUCUCCAUGGCUGGGUCAGAACAAGACAGCAUUGAGGGACAACACCCUCGUCUGCCAGUCGCCUCCCGCCACCACCCCGUCACUGUCCGGCGCCACACCCCUCCAGAGCCACACCCCUCGUCCCACACUCAACAAUCAGCUCUCCAAAUCAGGCCAACACCUUGCAAAUACAAGGCAGUAGCUCACCCAAUGUUCGCGCCCACCUCACCUCCCUCAUCCCCUCCUCCGCCACCACCACAUUCUCCGGAUAUCACCCUCGCCCCCGUCCCCUCCGUCACUCUUCCCUCGCUCACCAGAUCGGGUGACUCACGAACCCUCCGUUCAACGUCAAGGCCCAGACUCCGGAUCGUGGCGCCCCCCCAAUCUCCUUUCUGACUUCGCGUGACGUGCGCCUCACACAAGACGCCAAACUGCCAUAUUGACGCGUCACGGCACCAUCCCGUCGUGUCAGUGCGAAGGGCUCGGCGGGGUCGCCGAGUUGGGGCGGGGGCCGGAUCGGGGGCCCGGGGUCUGGUCGGGCCGCGACUGUAGGGCUCGGGCCCGCGAGAAUGGGCCUGGCGAUCAGACACCGGCUGUAGUUUAGCAGAGACGGACGGAUGAGACUGAUGCGCGUCGUCACGGUGUCGUGACGUCGUGGGUUGGGCCACAACAUGACAAGAGCGCGCCGAGCGUCCAUUCCUCCCUCUUAACCAGACCUCCGUCGGUCGGAUCGCCGUACGCAGACCACAGUAUGCAGUGCACCCCUGUCGUGAA